GUGGAAACAACAUUCAUCAUAGCAUUUUUGGACUGACAAUCAUCAAUCAUGGAUGAUGGGUUUCAAUCUAGAUAAAACAAAAUUGCAAAUCUGAAAUGCGCAGUCCUUCAUCCAGGAAGAAGUGAUGUAAUAUAUCAUUGGAUACAACAUUAUACAUUAUUUAUCCUCUAGGUUUGUUUACUGCAGACAAAUCUUUCAUAUUAUUUCAUGAAUAACUCGUUAUACUCAUCAGCCAUAAAAGUCAACAAGCUUUGAAGUUCCUUGAUCACCCAAAACAAUUUCUUUUGCUUCAACUCUGUUCCGAUGUAAUCACGUAGGAGUAGUAAUUUUCUUGGGUUCUUCUGAAUUGCUGGAGGAGUUUCUCAAUCUCCACCAAAUAGCUAGUACUUUUGAAUUGAAUUUAUGUUUCCUCUGGUUCCAACUCUUUAGAAGAGAGAAGACAUAUAAUCUAUGUGACGGUCAAAUCAAAUACUGUGAAAAAGAAUUACUCCGUAAUUGUUAACUACCUAUUAUGAAUAAUAUAAAUGUGUACGGUGAUCAUGAUGAAGGUUCUUCAUAGUGCUUCACGAUAGCAAAAUAAAUUUGUAUGCUUUCAAAUCCCUUUUAAGUCAACGAUCGUUGCAUUGAUAUUAGAAUAUCCACGCACUCUCAGAUUCCAUAAAUAAUCUAUAACAUUUCAUGGUGCCAAUAUUAGCUUUUGUACAAUUCACAAUGAACUUUUGAUGGCCAAUAUGCAAACUCUUGUUAACCUUUAGAAAUUGUUUUGCUAAAGUAGAUCGAUAAGUCCGUAUUUCAAGACGUAUUUGAUGCGUGUUAAUAUCGGUUUUCGAUGGUUUUUCUAGUCAUAGGCGGAGCUAGGGAUGAGCCAACCUAGGUCCUGGCUCACCCUAAAUUUUAAAAAUGGCUUAAUUUUUAAGGUAAAAAGUUUUGUGUAAAUUUUUUUUCUAAAAAUAUUCUUUGUACCGGCCUAGUCCGGUCGAGUGUCCUGGCUCCGCUCAUGUUUCUGGCUUAAAUGUGCCGCAAGUCUCAUAAUUAGCUCAAGUCAUAUAUUGUUGGGCUUUGAUUCAUGUUUGGUAAUUUUAGAGUCAAAAUUGGAGAAUUUAGCCCGGCACCGGCACCGCCUUCGCUGUCGUCCAAAAGAUGUUUGCUCAACAACGAGUGCAGGAGUGAAGUAGCUCCCUAUUUCAAAUAGCAGGUAAUCUUCUUCACUUCUUCUUCAUCCUUCUCUUCUUCUCCUCCUCCUUCUCACCAUCUUCAGUGUCCUUGUUUUCUUCUUCUUUGAUUUUGAAUUUUAUUUAUUUAUUAAUUUUGAUUAAUCAGGAAUUUAGGAAUGUCAUAAAAUUAAUGAUAUUUAGAAAAAUGUCACUUCUUCUAUGUCGUUGCACCUAUUAAGAUGAUGAUAUUAUUUUGAAAUUACAAAACUCUAGAAUGUCAUAUUUUAGUCCGUUUCACAAAAUAAUGUCAGUUUUAUGCCACUUACUUUAUAAAGAUGACAUUUUCUUACUGAACUUUAAUUUUGACAUUUUAAUGGCAUUUUCUUACUAACUUUAAUUUAUGCCACUUGAUAUGAAUAAUGGCAUGUUAAUGACAUUUUCUUAUGGACAUAUGACAUUCUCAGAUUGUCAUCCGAUCCUAAUAAAUGUAUUGCCACAAACGUGUCAAUUUUUUCAAAUAAUCAAUAAUUUUGACAUUCUCAUAUUAUAAAAUUGACAUUUUUCCGAAUAAAUAAAACUCAGCCACUAUGGGCGUAUUUGCCCUAUUGACACAUCAGAAGGAAGCAAUGUUGGGCUUAAUGGAAUGUAUAAAUUUAGGAAUUCCAACAAUUUCUUUAAUCGAUACUAAUUGCGACCCCAAUCUAUCAGACAUUUCAAUUCCAGCAAAUGAUGAUGCUAUCUCUUCAAUUCGAUUGAUUCUUAACAAAUUAAUAUUUGCAAUUUGUGAGGGCCAAAUUAAUACUUGCAAUUCCCUCGUUAGCCAAGGGUUUGAUUCUAUUUUUUUGUACAUAAUUUUUAUUUUUUUGUACAUAAUUUUUGAUAAAAGCUCUUAUCUUUUGGUCUUUUUUUUUGAAAAUCAAUAACUUAAUUAUUAUUGAUAAGGGUAACCAGAAACAUAACAAUCAAAACUCGAAUCAUUCCAAUCACAGCGUUCAAUGCUGCACUAGGGUGACACAAAGAACAAAAAAACCAUAUAAAAGCUAUUAUGUUCGCUAACCCCGCAACUAUGUAGACUCGUCCCGCAAUCUGACUGCUCGUGCUACUCGAAAUAGGUCCAGUUUGACCAGCCACCGAAAAAAGGAUGUCUUAAACUUGCCGGUUUUUCUAGCCACCGGUAAGGAGCCAAGUGCAGAAAUUGUUCCGGUUUCACCAGCCACCGGAAAGAAAGCAAUCCAUUAACUCUCAUCUUCCUUGAAAGGCGGUGGUUCGGGGGGGGGGGGGGGGGGGGGAGAUCGGCCUCUAUAUUGAUACAGAAGAAAUCUUGAUUCAUGAUCGAUGGAGAAGUCAAUGCACAUCUCUUACUAACACCCAAGAACACUCGACCGAUGAUGGCGGGGAAUAUAAAUCUGGCGAACGACAUUUCACUACUGAAAAUAAUAUCUCUAGACAACGCUAGAAAAUAGAUGUAUACUUAGAACUGAAAAUAUUAAUCUAACGAAACUUUUUUCAUGAUUGGGAUCAAAAGAAAAUUGAACAAAGAGAGGAAAAGAAGAGGAGGCGGCUAGGUUUUCCCCUUCGCCACUUUUGACAAUAUGAUUAUAAUAAAUUCGUUUGAUUUCACACCCUCUUAUUGUUUGAUCUUCUAAUCCAAAAAAUCCAAAUUAAUAAAUAAAAUCCAUAAAAAUAUUUAGAAUUUAAAAAGGUAGUAGAUGAAUAGGAAAAAAACAGAAAACAGAGUGCCGGAGGUGGAAGAAGUGCACCAGGGGAAGAAGAAGAAAGAAGAGGAGGGAGAAGGGGAGGGGGAGGAGGAGGAGAUUACCUACGGUCGACAGCGGAGGUGCGGUGCGAGGCCAUAGUAGAUGGCGGAGCUGCAGUCCAUUGGAGGAAUGGAUGUGCGCCUGUGCGGAGCUGCUGCGAUGAAUUGCAGUCGAGCGAGAGAAAGUCGAUGAAUUGCAAAUGGAUGUGAAGGGUAGAAUGAUAGUCAUCAAUCCUAUUUAGGGAAUUUAAUCCGUG